CAGACUUAUUUUUUCAAUGAUCAAAACCAAUCAAAUGACUCGAAUGCACGUUUUUCAAUAAUUUCGUGACAAGUAAUGCAGUUUGUCUAAUUUGAAACUAUUUCUGGUUCACCUCUUGCUGAAGAUUGCGUCAAUGUUUUGAACAAACAAGCCGGGUCUUGAAGACAGAAAUCAUACAAGUCCUACAGUUGAAGUCGUGGCAUCCUGUGAUCCUGAGCAGCAGUUGACAGGUCUAGCCUAUCUUCAGUCUGUCUUUUUGCAGCCUUCAGCAGUUCUCUUUCAACAUUACCACCACCCACUUUGCAGAAUGGAUACUUCCGUUGUUUACUUCAUCAGUCUCUUCAUUGGUAUUGAAGGAUACUGGUGGAACUCAGGCAACUACCAAGGUAGUCCUUCUCGACCUGCGUCCCCCUCAGAAAGGUUCCCAUCACCCCAACCUUACUCUGCCGGUAACGAAAGUCCCCCCUCACCUUUUCACAGCUCACAUGGAGUCAAACCAUGGGAACCUGUGAGUCCUCAACCACAACAUCAUCAACAACAAAACCAAUCACCACAACAUCGGCAACAACAAAACCAACCACAACAACAUCAGCAACAACAAGACCAACCACCACAACAACCCAGAGGAAAAAAUAAGAGACCAGCACAAUCAGAGCAGCAAUCAUCAUCAAAACGACAAAAUACAGGACCACCUUUGCCCAGUGCAACUUCUGCAAUUGUUGAUUUAUUGUUGAUAAUGGACUCAAACAAAGAUCGCAGGAUUUCGCCCGUAGAUUAUUAUAACAUGAAAAAAACAAAACUUUAUAACGAAGACCAAGGAGUAAGACAAAAAUUGGAUAAAGUUUUCCAGGAAAGAAUAGCGAGUAAUAAUUUUAGUACAUUUGGGAGAUAUGUUUUUGGAAGCUUUACAGUCAAUCUUGCCAAAUAUAAUAAUGGACGUUACUCCAAAGACAACCUUUGUACUUUCUUUGGAAUCAUUGAGACUGCAGCAGACAAUAUAAUAGUGAAUCAUGGUGAUUCGGGAACUAGAACAAUCACAGCAAAAGAAUUAGCAGAUUUUUUCAAAGGGAAGGAAACAUUUAACUCUUGAUUUCAUCAACAACUUGUUAAUACAUUAUAGUAUCAUCACAAUAAAUUUUUGGGAAAGUUAUUUUUGGUUUUGUAGAGUUGAUAUUUCAAACAACUUUAAGGGCCUGUUUCUGUGCUCAAGAUUCAGCUAAGUUCCAUACUUUGACAGGCUUUCAACUCUGGAGUCAGAGAAUUGGCUCUCCAAGCCAGGACAUUAACAUAGUUAUGAAUUAACUAGACUCUGGAGUUUAGAGGUUACAUUUAGACUCUGGAGUUUAUAAUUUCGCUUUCUAAGUAAAUGACUUAUAAGUCCAGGACUUGAAUUAGAUUCUUGUAUCUUAUCCAAGUCAAGGAUUCAUCAAAAAUCGUUGAGACCUAACAGAGAAGUCAUCUUUUCAAAAAAUUCUUCUACAAUUGGUUCUCAUGAAAUUAUUAUUUUACAAAGGCGACUUUCUAGAAGUAUUUUGAGCCCAGGUGAUGAUGAUGAGAUGAAUGAUAAUACAAUGAAGGUAGGUUGAAUUAAUCACGGUUUAGAUUUAACCGACUUUUGUGCAAUUCGGCCUUAGAUCUCGAGCUUGGAAACCAGCCCUAAAAGUAUAUUGGCUAGUGUAAUAUGAGUUUUGGUCUAGAAUGACUCUACUACAUUUAUAUCAAUAAUAGACCCAUUAAUUCAAUAAUUAAAUUCCUACAUUUCUCCAGAAUUUUUCCUGCUCCUGCAUAGUUUAAUGUGAUUCAUGUUCAUCUCAUGUGGGCAAGUGAUUAGUAUAGAUGUAUUCAAAACUCGGUUUCAAGUUGGAUCCAAACUCUGCAGAAUCAGGCAUUACUGAUAGUGGUUUCAAAGCCAAAUUAACCCACAUAUAUGAGGCUGAGGUUAUCUCCUUGACAGACUGGAAUGUUAUUAGACUGUAUAUUUCCCUAAUCACUUGUCAUUUUAAGACUUGCACCCAUAAGUCAUGAGGUGAUUAAUUGAGAAGUCCAAUAAUUGCUGGAUCAAUUUCAUAUAUGUGCAAGAAAAAAGCUGUAAAGUGCGGUACCCUAUGGAAUGCUUUGCCUGCAAUCCAUAACGGCCUAUAGCCUAUAUAGGCCAUAUGGAUAACAUAACUUACCUUUCCUUAUAUGCUGCUUAUUGUCCCAAGGCUACUAGUGAGAAUCUCCUUGCAUCCACCCAAGCCCUCCUUUCAAGCAUCCUUUUUGCUCAUCAGAAAAUAGGUUUAUUUGAGCCAGAUAUAAUCGAAUUCAAUCAGCAAGACUUGUUGUCAGUACCAUGUUAGCUGUAUAGACAAGUGAUAGGCCUAAAUUGUGUUGGAUCUCCUGUGUUUGAGUGGCAAAUAUAUCAUUCCCCAGGUAAAGAAGGUUGUCACUCUUCCUGGGUUAUCAAGAAAAUAAGUUAAAUUACGGUUUCUGCAAGAUGAGUACCUAUAAAAAACUGGGAGUCUCUUUAACAAGAGGUUGGACAAUAAUUCGUCUUUUCCAGUAGGUGAAGUCCAAUGACUAGCCCCUGACAUCAGCCUUGCUACCUCUGGGCUACUGUUAUUGUCACGGCAAGCUGGCUUCUGAUUGACUCCAUCCAACCUAUAAUUUUUUCCGGAUCCAAGUUACAUUUCAGUUAUGGCUUUGACCCCUUGCCUAUAGAGCUCUUCAAUAAUCCUCCACAUCUUUCAACCUCGAGUACUUUCCAUCUCCAAUGCUUUGCCAAGACUCCUACAGAAUAAUGUCUCAUUGGUACAGUACUGGAGAGGAAAUUAUCUUUUGUUCUAUUCUCUGAGGCUCUGCUGGUCUACCUAUUUUCACUAGUCUGUUAGCUUUGAAUACUGAUAGGCUGAUCUUUGCAUAAGAGUAUCAAGGCUUUCUUUUGAAGUCUUGUUAACUGGGUCACUUGCAGUACCUACCUAUGAAUUAGUUUGUGUUUUAUUUCUGGUUCAAAAUUUUUCCUAAUAACUCAAUAUUUUCAAGUUCUGAGAGUUUAUUGAAUGUAAUAUAUUUUUUGGUUUUCAAUUAAAUCAAAUUCAAAAUUUCUAGUUUAUUUAUUUCUGGACUAAAAAGUGGACUCAAAUCAAUUCAAGUGGAUAGCAUAUAACCUACCGUAUCAUAUUUAUUCAUUCAUAUCUCUACCUUCAUUGUAUUAUCAUUCAUCGCAUCAACACCUAGGCUUGAAAUGCUUCUAAAAAGUCGCCUCUGUAAAACAAUAAUAAAUAAAUAAAUUUAUAUGAUGCACAGCAACAAUAUGUAUAUAGUGAGGUCCACAUUAUAAUGGCAGUGAAGAAAGAUAGGAGAAAAACGUUGCCAAGUUUCUCUAUUUGCCACUGAGUGUACACAGCUGUUAGGUACUCAAUUCAUACCAUUAAAUGUGAUCUAAUAAUAAUUAUCAUUUCCUUGGUAAAAUAAUCAAUUUGAUUUCAAAUUAAUCAAGAAAAUAUAUUUUUCAUCAUUUGAUUGAAAAAUUUGCUUUCAUAACACUGAGAUUGGAAUUUUAUUUUUAUACAAACCUGAAAUGGUGGCUAAUUUAAAAAGCUGUGAUGCAACAAUCUGAAUUUCAAAACAAAAUUUAAGUUAUUUGGUAGGUAUUCUAUUCCAAUUUCUUUAUAAAAAAUAGAAAUUUUAUUUAUAAUGAGUAAUUUCAAUGGAAAUAGUUGUGAAAUAACAUUUCAAUAUUAUUUUAUACCGGUACAAGUAGGUCUAACCUAAUCGUGUAGGCUAACUGAAGCGUGGAUGUAAUUUCAGGUAUUUUAAUUUGUGUUUCUCAUACAGUAAUGUCUAUAAAUUAUUUCAUUGUUUCAAAAAUGCAUUUUAAAUCAAUUAUACAACCUGUGUACCAUACUCAAGUAUUUUGAUAGAAUGAAGAAAAAAAUGGCGGUUGAGAAUUGUUUGUCUACUUUUGUACAGUCACUGUCAAAAGUAAAAAUAAAAUAUUCUGGCAACCGGACAACUUUGCAAAGCUAGAAAGAGAUAGCGCUAUCUCUUUUGUUGUUUGACAGAAAAGGACAGCAACAGUAUUGUCAAUCGUUCACUGCCAUUAUAACAUGGACAACACUAUAGUAAGCACAACUCUCUUCUAUUUUGUUGACUUCAUUAUUUAAAAUAAACCCUACAGAGACACACUAACUUUAUGCUAACACAGUAGACACACUGGGGUGUUUAACACCCCAAUUUAGUUUUGCAUUUUUCUUUGAGAAAUAUGAAAAAAACAAGUACAUAGACCAUACUUGAUAAUUUCUUAAUCAUUUUUGUUCCAAGUGCAUACAGAAAUCAAAAGUAAAGCACUGCUUAUCAAUAUUUAUACUAAUUUUAGAAGUACGUAUGUUCCGCCUAAGUGUUGGAGCUCCUAAUCCGGUUUGAACGAAUGGCUUGAUCAUUGCCAAUGACAACUUCAUCAAAAACUCACGUCUCUCUUCAUUUUAUUGCUUUGUAUCUCAAGUUGUAGAGAAUCAUAGCAUUCAUUCCAAUCUGAUCCAUCAUCCCAUACCACAUUCAUAGUGACAUUACAAGUAAAUCUUUGUAAUAAAAAGUGUUUGACAGAAGUCCUACGUAAAAGACACUCUGGGGUGUUAGACACCCCAAACGAAGAACAAGAUGAGCUGGUGACCUUGUAAACUGCUAUUACUGACUGGAAGUGAUGGAGAGUAGUUGACAAUACUACAAACUUAAUUUAGACUGGGCAUAAAUUCCCAUCUGUUUGAUAUUUUCAACUGCAAAACAGAAAAAAAUCCCUAGGGUGUAAAACACCCCAGUGUGUCUCUCUAGGGUUAAAGUCUCAUGCCAUAUUGCAAUCCUGUUGACUGUAUUAAUUGUGUUUGUAUGGCUGAUAUGGGCAAAUGUAUUUCAUGUAUUUUAUUGACUAAAAUAAUUAAUGGAAUCAUUUAAUCAUAUAUUUGAAACAGAUGGCUAAUGUUUUUGUCAACAACAAUGAAUCAAAAUACAUCAAUAUAAUAAGUACGGUUCAAGCAUUAAGUAUUCAGAAUUAAAAAUGAAGCUGCAUUUACACGAAAGUUAUUAUUAAAAUGUUAAUAACUAAUAUUUAUAGUUGAAUAAAAACACACAUAUGUUGUCAAAUUCUACACAGUUAAUCUUUAUAGAUUCUAUUAGAUUGAACCAAAUACUUUAAAGGGAUAAGGGAUAAGGAAUAAGAAAUAAGAGAAAGACUUUGAGGUCUUUAAUGUCUUUGCAUCUUUAAGGUCUUUGGAUUGAACAUACAGUAACUUAUUAUACACAUGAUGAACACAUGUGUUUGUCAAGUUCUGUUCCAUCUAAUAUAUAGAAUCUAUAAAGAUUAAAGUUGUAAUAAUUCUGUUAAUGACUGGUGUAAACGCAGCUUUUUGGAUUUGUGAAAUUGAUAGGCCAAUAGAAAAUUAUUGAAUUAUUAGUAUUAAACAAAAA